AUGUCGAGCGCCGAGCUGGUGCAGGCUUACCGCAGCCUCUACCGCAGCGGUCUGCGCGCCGUGCAGUACUCGAAGCCGGCGCGGUACGUGGUGCGCAACCAGCUGCGGGCGGCCUUCCGCGACAGCAAGGCCGGUCCGGGGGCGUUUGAUGCCCGUGCCAUCCGCAACACGGUCUACUUUCUCAACGCGGCGGCCGAGUCGCGCGAGCUGGAGCACCGGAUCGUGCGCAACCUCGUGACGACGGCCUACUGGCGGGACCGGCGGGCGGCGCAGCAGCGGCCGUCGUGGAGCAACGUGGUGGCAUCGAAGAAGGAAAAGCCAGUUGACGAGAUCGACCGGACGGCCUACGACCACUACGACCAGACGGUGAAGCAGCUCAACGCAACGAUGAGGAUGUGCCUUCGGGUCCAGAGGAACUCGCCACGGGCUCCGGCCUCUCGAUCACGGAGCAUGCCGGCCGAGACUGAUUCUGGUCGAGACGGUGCCGCGGUCGUGGCCCGGUCGCACGCCCAUCCGAGGCGAUGGGUGAAGCGAUACCGCACCGAGGUCAGCGCCAGCAUGUCCAGCGUCCUGAGCACGGCCUGCGCCUUUCCGCUCGACAGCGUCAAGACGCGCAUGCAGACGUACGGCUACGGCGGCUUCGUCGACUGCGUCCGGCGCACGUACCGCACCGAGGGCGUCGGCGGCUUCUUUCGCGGCGUGACCGCGCCCAUGGCCAGCGUCACGAUCGUGCGGACCAUCUCCUUUUCCAUCUACCAGCGCGCCAAGUAUGUGUAUGGCGACUGGAUCCGGCGGAAUGUCGGCUACGACGUCCACGGCCACGUCAGCCAGGCCGGCUCCUAUCCCAGCCUGUGGACCGUGGCCUGCUUUGGGGCGGCGGGAGCGACGGCCGGCUCCUGCAUCACGGCCAUUGCCUGCCCCUUUGAGCUGACGAAGCUCAGCGCGCAGAUCUCGGUCCUGAUGUCGGAAAAGGCGCAGUGCCCCGACCCCAAGUCCUACGCGGUGGCCUCGAGCUACCAGAACAAGGGCACGCUGAAGACCAUGGCCAACAUUGUGCGCCACCGCGGCUUGAGCGGCCUGUAUACCGGCUUCCGGCUACACCUCUUGAGGGACACGCUGGGGACCGGACUGUACUUUAUGACGUACGAGAGCAGCAAGCAGCUGAUGACGACCGUUGUGGGCGAUGCCUCACCUUCGAACCCGGUGUCCGUCUUCGUGGCCGGCGGCCUCUGCGGGGUCGUGUCGUGGGCUUUGAUCUAUCCGAUCGAUUCGGCCAAGAGCAUCUACCAGCGCAACGCCCUAAUGCACGCGAAAGGCGAACACAUCGAGCCGGCCAAAGUGAGCUUCUUCCGGAAAAACAUGUACCGUGGGCUUGGCGUAUCGAUGACUCGGUCUUGCUUGGUGAAUGCCAUCUUUUUCUCGGCCUUUGAGUUCUGGAAGAAGCAUAUUGAUGCGUUGGAGGACCAUGCAGGGUGGUGA